CCUUCUCGGUAUUCGGCUCACCUCUCUUUCCUCCCCAUCCUUCCCUCCCUCCUUCCCUUUUCCUUCCCUCCAUCUCUCUCUCUCUUUCUCUCUCUCUAUCUCUCUCUCUUUUCCAUAUAGACCUGUUCCAUAUGUCAAGCCCUCCUUAGCUAUCAAUGAAGUGAACGCACAGCUCUCUUACUGGCUGGAAUCUAUGAGAGAUAUGAACGCAUGCUGUCUCUCUCUACCUCUCUCUCUCUUACACACACACUUGCAUGCACUCGCGUUCACACAAACAAAUACACUCCAGAUUGCAGACCAUUCUGCUCUGAACGUGCACACACGGAGCCGCAAGCUCUCUUUCACAUAAACACACACAAACACAACGCUGUCUGUCAGACUCUGUCAGUUUGCUGGGGCGUGAGCUUGGGAUGAGGUGAUGUUUUGGGACAGGAAACACGGGACCAUGGGCAAUUCCCAACGCCGGGCCAAAGGGAGGCACAAAACUAAAGGGGCAACAGCCACCACCAACUUGGACUCGGAGAGCAAGCGAACGGCCCACUUCCAAUCGUCAUGGCAACAGCAUGUGAAUGUGUUUGGCUCGUGGAGUAGGCCGGAGUGUGUGCAGGAGCUGCACCAAGAGGCUCAGCUCAACCUCCAGAGCCUGCUGCAAGACUUUGAGGAGCAGCUGUAUGAUAACAGGGUAACUGGGCAGACAUUCCGGCACCCUUCCUCUCAGAGCUCAGAGGACACCUCCACUACGCUCAGCCGCUCGCCUUCAUCAAUCAACAAGAAAACAGAAUUUGUCUUCCUGCCUGCAAAUAAACAGGUGUGUGAGGAUGAGACAACAUCAUUAGGGAUCCGGGCCCAGGACCCGGGUGCUUGUGGCUUAGACCGCUCUCUCCUGGGCUGGAAUUCUUCAGUAGGGCCCCCAGUUGCCGAAAAACCUCGCUGGCACCUGAGUCGACACUCCUCAGCACACCUCGUCCCUAUCAAUGUCACAGGCCAGAGCUUUGAUAAGCACGCCAGCGAACUCCAGGCCCCUUUUAGAACUGAAAAGGCGGUUAACCCAAAGACCAUCCGCCGCCCAAGGAGUGUGAUCGCAGGCCCUGAUGUCACGCUACACUGCCAAGGUGAUGGCAAGAUUCUUGCUGUUGAUCUGAUACAAGGUGCCUGUUCUCCUGACUCUUCCCAGCCAAGAUCUCUGGAACCCACCACAGAGAAUACAGGCGAGCAGCACAUACCCUUACGGAAAACUCAAAGUGACAGAGAGCAUAGUGUACCCCCGUCCCCUAAAGCUCCAUCAGGAAUGAUGGACCAUGCCACUCUUAUGUGCCCCAGCUCUUCCUGGAAUGGCCCAAAGGGUUCCACGUUCUCUCCCUCCUGGACUGACUCCUACAACUAUGCCCUGACCCCAAACCCUGUUGCCAAGCAGCCUUUGUCCAAACCUGGAACAUUAGAGUCUGGUGGGGGUGGCCUCAUGUGCCCUUCCCAAACCAGCUCUGCCAUGUCUGUGAGUUCUGUAUCACACUCUAGCUCCUUCACUUUCAUCUCAGGCCAUAGAACAAAUAUAGUCACACAUGAAAAUGCAAUUAAAGGAAAAAGAAACGAGACUGAGGGUGCAGCAUCCAGUCCAGCUGCCGGUAAUGGCCUCAACAAAUGUGAGCGAGAGAAGAGAUCAUCGCGAGCCAAUGCUUUCAAAUUCCGUGAACGCUCCCUUUCAACACCAACAGAUUCUGGAUCUCUCUGCUCAGCAGACAAUACAUGCUGUCCAGGAGAGACAGUGCCUGUAGUCAGAGAAGGUGAGAGCUAUGCUAUGCUGUACCCUAGCAACAGCUCUGAAGACAACACCAGCACUGACAAUGUGUCUGUAGCAACAGGCUCUGACUACUUCCCAGUGGGUAGACUGAGGUCACGUUCACGUAGCAUCUCACUAAAGAAGCCCAAAAAGAAGCCACCACCACCAGUACGCAGUGUGUCCCUAGUAAAGAACUUGUCAGCCAUUGGUGGGAUGGCCCCACACCAUACUGAAGGAUUUAUCAGAGAAGGUAGGCCUAAGAGCCUUUUCAUACCACGAGAUCAUAAUUUCCAGGAUUCAUUCCGGCCUGAGUUUCUUAUGGCAUCUAAAUCAGAUGAGGAAGCACACAGCAGUUUGGAGACAGCCUCUGAUACAUCUCAGCCCCCUGAAAAAGAAUCAGACCUAGCCUUCCCUCCUCAUUGGCAGCUUAGUGAGUGGAAGUCCAAUAAUGACCCUUAUCGUUCAUUAUCAGGCUCAAGCACUGCUACAGGUACAACAGUAAUUGAAUGCAUAAAAGUCCGUGGAAGCUCAGAAUCCCUGAAUUCACCAGCAAACUCUCGUGCUACUUCCCCUUCCCCACUUUCCAUUGAAGCAGAGACUAAGAUCUCUCCAUUCAAGCCUCCAUGUCUCAUGUCCCCUUCAAGUGGAUACUCUAGUCAGUCUGAGACACCAACCCCAACUAUUACAAACUCUGCAGUCACUGGACUCACACCAACAACAGGGUGCAAGAUGCGCCCAAAGAUCCCAGAGAGGAAGUCCUCACUUCCUUCACCAAAAGACAAAUCUCAGGCUCGUCUCUCUUUUGAGUUACCUGUAAAUUCCCAAGUAGACUUGUCUUCUGUUAAGCCGAAAACUAAAGCUAGCCGGAGGCACUCAGACACAUCUACCACCAGCAAACCAGGAAAAACGAGUCAGUCUGCACAGCCCAUGGUUACCACAACAGAUCUGAGAAACAUCAGACUUCGUUCAGUAAGCCGCUCAGAACUUGAAGACAGUCCUGAUGGCUCAUCUGACAUCAUAGAGGAGGAACAAGGACGUGAUAUUAGCCCACCUACCACCCCAUGUAGCUCGAAGCCACCCAAGCCACCAGUUGCGGUAAAGCCACCACUCCCCAAACGACCAAUGAACUUGAUGCUGAAGUCUCCCUCAUCAUCACCCCACGCUCAGGAAUCUCCGCCAACCUCCCCAAUAGACCGACCAAUGCCUCUAGCCAACAUCUAUAUGGUCGUCAGGAAGCCUAAACCUAAGAGGCCAUCUCAAUCAUCAGUUACACCUCAAGAGCAUGUGCCAAGACAUCAACUCCCCCUACCUGAGUUUGACCUAGAACAUGGGUUACCAAUUGAAGAGGAUCUUUCCUUUCCUAGCAGUCCAGAGAAAGACGAUAUAAGCAAGACCUUUUGUAGUCAAAGUCCAAUUUCCUGCAUAGCUGAAUUGGACAAGAAGAAAUCCAAGGUACCACCACCAGUACCCAAAAAGCCAAAUGUUCUUCUCUUGCCUUCUCCUACUGUCCAGACACCGAGCAGUGCUACUACAGAAAAGCAAAGCCUUCUAUAUGAAAGUGGUUCUCAGUCACCUCUAGGCCCACCUCCGUCUGAAGCCGAUGAGGCUUCUUAUAACAAAGAUGACCAAGAAAUAUCUGCUAACAAAGAGGUUCCAGGAACUUGUGAGAGUGAUGCACAGCAUGAAAAUCAAGGUAAACUUGAGGACCUUGGAAAUGAAGAAAAUGAUACACCAGAUGGAACUCCUAAGGAAAUUGUAUCUAUUCAUGAUGUGGACAUAAAGGCAUUCACUGCAGAAAUAAUGACAGAAGCUUCACUGGAGGAAAACAGCUCUGUCACAGAUAAGCAAGAACUGCACAUCACUGAAGAAACAGAUGAUGAUGUGCCUGUGCACACACCUACGACUAAUAGGACAGAAGACCUUUUCACCAUCAUACACAGAUCUAAGCGGAAAGUCCUUGGCCGUAAGGAGCCAGCAUUUGGUAGUCGCCAGAGCCUUGUGUCACCUGUGAAAAGCAGCAGCAGUGACAUUCGAACACUGACACUGGGCAGCACUCCAAGAUCAACCUCGCGGAAUGAGAACUUCAUGGCUCUUCUACAGAAGAAAGGCAGCAAAACAAGCAGUGGAACACGGGUCUCUGCCAUGGAACUGCUGAAGAGCACAAACCCUUUGGCUCGGCGUGUCACUGAGUUUUCUCAAUCAGAUCUGGAUGCUGCUGGAACUGACCCAUCUAAAAUGGUUCUACCAGACCAGUGAUUCCACAUGCAGAGAACCACAUGUAAUGGCUGAUUUUCAGUUAGUGCUCCACUGCACAUCUAUAUGGUUUUAAUUCCCAGGAUCAUGCACCAUGCACAGUCUGAAGUGAGGUUGUUUUAUACCAUGGGUAUUACCUUUUUGUCAUGUUGCUGUGGAGUGCUGUCCAUAUCAAAGAAAAGGAACCCAGUGUUGACAUGAGGUUCUAAAAUAGUUGGGUCAGCAUUGCAUUUUACCACUGAGAAUGUGUUAUAUUAACUCCUCUGUGGAAAUUUACAAUUGGUACAAAGGAUCACCAACCUUUGUAUGUUGCCCAACUUUAAUUGCAGAAUUAUUGCAAGUAUAUGCAGGCCAAAACAAAUGUGUGACAAGCCUGAUUAUCCUAUACACAAAGAGAAACAUUCCAUAUAGAAAAUGUAAAUCAAGCUCCCUUAAAAAGCACUUUUUAUUACAAAAGUAGUUUACAGAUAAACUAAUUGUUGUUUUUUUUGUUUAUAUAUAUAUAUAUAUAUAUAUAUAUAUAUAUAUAUAUAUAUAUAUAUAUAUAUAUAUAUAUAUAUAUAUAUAUAUAAGGCCAUAAGGCCUUAUUUAGCCGCCUUUUUAUUUAACCCAGAAUAAAACUAAAUAUACAAUAUUUAAGUGUACAUUUAGAAUUUUUAUGCCUUUCCUUUAAACUGCCUAUUUUCGGCAUGUUUACAACAAACGGACUAAAGUCACAAAAUGGACAACCUCCAUGCAAUAUUCUUAAUCUGAAUCUAAAUUAUAGAUCUUCCCUCACUGCCAGCUGUGGUACUCAGUGGGUUGUAGUGUUAUAGUGAAAAACCAAAACCACCGCAGAGCAGAUUAUGUGAACAGUACCAAAUGAAAGGAAAUCAGAGCUAGAAACAAAACAAAACAUAAAAAAGAGAUAUGAUCAAUGGCUAUAGACAGACGGUUUCAAAUCCUCCUAAUGGGGUAUUUAAUCCUGGCUGUCUAGUAUGGAGAACCUGUCAGGGGUUUCUUGUUCUGGCUACCGAAUUCAGAAUCUGCACUGUUUAACACUCAAGGAACCACAGAAGGGAUUUGCCAAGGAUCAUGAAUGGUAAAGAAGAACUUCUUAUUGUCACCUCCCUAUCCUUUUGGCCAGACUUGUGUAAGAUGUGGUCCUGCAGACUGCUAUAAUCACCACAUACCUAAAUUUAAAGCUGCAGCUACAAUGUGUUUCUGAACAUUUUAUAUAUGUCCACAUUGUAUUUGUCACUCAUUAUAAUGAUCAUUUCAUACUAUGCAUCAAGGCUGGAUGUGCUGCUUCUGUGCCAGUUCUGUGGCAAAUUAGCAGUGAAUGCCUAUGAAUGUCAGGAAGAGGGAACAAAGCUCAACAGUAUACUUUAGUUUUCUGUUUGUUUUAGUUUGUUUGUUUUUUUAAUCACCGCCCAUGUCACUGCAGAAUAGGAAAUUUAUUUCUAUAUUAUAAUGCGUUGUUUGGAGACAAAAAUAGAGAAUCAUUUGGUGAGAUCAUUUGGUAAGUAUUUUCCCACAAAGACUACUUGUUCCUUCUCAUUCCUUUAAAAUAUUUUCUCCCACAUGUGACUGUGCUUCUCUGACUCACAAUCAGAAUCAAGAAACCUGGUGCUAUUGAGCCAGAGCACCCCCUGCAGUCCAGGAGGGAAAGCACACCUGGCAAAAAAUCUGUUCUGACUCCUUCAGGUAUUCUGAUAGCAUCUAAAUAUAACAGAUAUAAAGUAUUACAUUAAAAUAGUGAGUGACGCUUGUUUUCAGUAUUUAGUGAAUGAAAAAAAAAGACAACAUGUGUUUGUUUGCCUUGUACUCUGGCGUCAAGCCUGUGUUUUUAAAUGCCUUGGUAAUGCACUUCUAUAGAAAUAUCCAGAGUUUCUUUUAGUCUUUUUAUGAAUACUACUCGAACGGUCAUCAUUACUCUUGUGUACUCUGUGCUGCAUCCCUUUUUAGUCAGUAAUAUUAUCAAAAUUCCCAGAGGAAGGUGGAGAGGGAGCAAGAAAGUCAAAAUACCUAGAAAUGCAAAGAGUGAAGUAUUUGGGGGGAAAACAGGCUGUUAGAAGCCAUGAUUUAUGUUACUGAGAGUUUUUGUAGACAAUUUAAUCUGUACAUUCUGCCACACAGACCAGUGACCUACACCUCCCUACAGAAUAGUAGAUUUCUUAAUGUGACAACCUACAGUGAAAACAUUCUUGCUUCUGUAUUCAUCCUCCUUACUCCCUCCAUCUUAGCCUCUUUCCCAUUUGCCCAAUGACACCCACCACAGGAGCUCAUGUUUGUACACAGAGUAGAGAUGAAUCUAAAAACCACAGUAAACAUCAUUACUCUACUAAACAUCAGGAACUAUUCAGUGUGUCCAAGGUCUAGUUUCCCAAAAGCAUUGUGCGUAGGAUCAGCAUCAAUUGUUCAUAGUGUUUAAAGUGACAUUCAUGCUCUUGUGUUCUAUCUUAAAACAUAUCCGAUAAUCAGUUUUAAUCAAAUGUCCGCCCCUUCCUUUAUGUCUAAAAAGUUCAGUACCACAGAUAACUUUAAGCCAAUGUCAAAUUUUGUAUAUAUACAUAUAAUUAUAAUUAAAACUUUGUCAAAUUUUAUCACAGAGAUAACUAUAACAGAGGAUUAUUAAGGCUAUAUAAGAUCAGCUUAGAGUUUGCUGACUCUCUUAAAAAAGCUUUAAAUGCCCCUUGUCCAUGGGACAAAAACACUUGGGUGGGAAAGAAAGAAAGUACUGGGAAUUAUAUUUUUGUUAUUUUAUCAUUGGAAAGACGUCUAUAAAAAUUCUGAAUAUUAUGAGCCUCCCUCUCCAGCAGUAAGGAUAUGUAGCUGUGAGCUCAAGCAGCUAUGUCUUGGCUAUGUGCUAAAAAAAGUUACAUAAAUAAAUUAUUUUUCUUGCUUAAA